AUGGCCGAGCCCAAUAGAUUCUACAACCUCGUCAUGAACUUCGUCCUAACUCAUCGCCCAUUCUCCAAGUGGAUGAUUCUAUUCUACGCACUAAUGGAUAUGUUUUGGCCCGGGUGGGAUGGCCACAUCAACGACAUCAAUGACGCCCCAAACGAGCAGUGGCACUGGGAGGAGGUCUGGGAAUGGGAUGAUAAUUGGGACACGGACCAAAUCGAGUGGAUCGAGGACGAGGACGAGCAGGCGUGGGAGUGGGAAUUGGAAUGGGAGGAAUACAACGGUCGCGACGUUGUCGACGAUUAUCUUGACUUGGACCCUGGCCGGAACUGA